UUUAGAUAUAUAUUUAGCUGUUAGAAUAUUUUCAUGGAAGUGAAAGUCAUUGCAACAUUUUUUAUAGGAUCAAUUGUCAGUCUUGUUGGUUUGCUAUUAUAUUGUCAUUAUGAAAAAGAGACAAAGAGAAAAGGCUCUUCUGAAGAUGUCGGGUCUGAAGAAGAUAAAGUAAAUUAUCCUGUUCAAGACAAUCAAGAAUUAGAAUUGGAGUCUGAAGAAGAUAUAAAGUCUCAGGAGGCAAGUUUAUUAAAAAAGCAAAAAUUAAAUGAUUUUAAAAAGGAUUUAGAGAUACAGUGUCAUUUAGCUGAUGAAAAUGAUGGUAAAAUAUUCUCUAAUGAGGGUUUAAAUAAAGAAAGUUGCUCAGGUAAUAACCAAUUGUUUAACAAAAACUGGAAAAGUGUUUUUGAUGAUCUAUCAGAUGAGGAUAAGAUUCGUUUUUAUGAGAAAACAAAUUUACCUAUCAAAAAUUAUCGUAAUGGUUUACCCCGUUUGAUUAAAAAUUUGGAUCAAAAUGAACGAUUGAAUGAUAUCGUGGAUUAUUUUGAAUUACACGAAAAUGACCGCAUAAAGAUUCUACUUGCCUGCUACGGUGGUGGAAAUCCCGCUAAAUCGUUAUUUGAAAAAUUGGAACAAUAUAAACCGGAUUUAAAAAUCAAAGAUUUGUGCAAGUGCUUGAAAACUCUUUGUUUAAAUCGCGCACUAGAGUUUUUAGAACGCUUCAAAUAUUCAGACGAAGAAAAAGUUUCCAAUAUUAGUAAAAUACAUUUAACAAGUUUUAGCUAUAAACUUAUCAGUUUUAACGCUAAUGAUCAACCCUGGAAAGAUGUUGCUUUUGAACUCCUUGGUUCUAAAGAAGAUGUCAACGGAAUCGCGAAGACAAUCAUGCACCAAAACGCAUACAGUCCCACAGAAAAAUUGAUCGAUAUUUUAUCAAGUCAAAGAUCUACAACAAUACAAGAGUUUCUUAAUGUAUUAAAAGAUUGCAAAAUCCUUGAUGCUCACGAGUUAAUGUGUCAACAAAUUAUUGCGAAGAUAGAGGAAGAAAAAAAAUAGCGAAAAAAAAUAAAAAAGUAAAAAAGAAAUUAAAAAAAAAAGAAGUAAAAAAAACGUAGAAAAGAAAAAAAAAAGAACAAGCCUUCUUAGUGAAAUCAUAAACGAUGAAAAGAAAAUCAAAAUAAAAACAUUUUUAAUUAUUUUUAUAUUAACUUAAGAAUUUUUUAAUUAAAUUUUUUAAUAAUUACAUUAAGCUUACUUGACUUAUAAUCACUGAUAACUACAUCCACAAUGCUUGUCACAAACUAAAUGAGAAUUUAAUUACAAUCGUAUACAUUUUAUAACUUUUAUCUCCCAAAAGGGCCAUCCAUAAAAGACGUCACCAUUUUUUAGCUAAUUUUUGACCCCUCCCCCCUCUCCUUUGUCACCGGUUGUCCUUUUUCCCUAUACCCCCCUGGAAAAGGACGUCAUAAAAUCCUGAGAUGACUUAUUUCAUCUUGCAAUGAUGUUUGAAUCUGCUGCUACACCUUUGAAAAAUAAAAUUUAAAAUAUUCUCAUACAUUAUCUCAAAAACACAUGUUUCUUUUUCUGACAACCUCCUCCCCCUCCUCUUGUCUUUUUUUGUCCUUUUCAACUCGAUUCCCUCCCUCCCUUCCCUAUUUGGAUGACGUCCUUUAUGGAUGGCCCCAACUAGAAAUUAUAUUUUUGCUUUGCGCUUUAAAACGGAUACUGUUGAAAUUAGGGCCGACGACACCGAGGGGUCAGGGAUUUUUUUUUUUUUUUUUUUUUAAAAAAAUCUUGAUAUAAAUGAUUAUUCACAAAUUGAUGAUUGUGCCCUCAAACCCCCCUUCUUCCCUCCUCCCAUCCACUACUUCAAAACUCGUGUCGUCGGUCCUGGAAAUAAAAAAUUUUUUGUAAAUUGAUUACUUUUGCUUUUAGCUGUAAAAUAAUGAA